UCCUUCUCGCCUCGCCUUUGCCGUCCCCCGGCCGGGGGGCCCCGAGCCAUGACUUCCAGCUACGCUCACGUCCUGGAGAGGCCCCCGCCGGCCCUGGCAGCCCGCCUGGAGAGCCCCGCCGGCCACCUGGACAGCCUGCAGGCCAAGAAGAACUUCUCCGUCAGCCACCUGUUGGAUCUGGAGGAAGCCGGCGACUUGGCGGCGGCUCAGGGCGACGAGGGCGUCGGGGAGAGCGGCCGGAGCCUGCUCGAAUCGCCCGGGCUGACCAGCGGCAGCGACACUCAGCAGCAGGACGGUGACCAGCUGAAUUCAGAAGAGAAGAAGAAGAGAAAACAGAGAAGGAACCGGACCACCUUCAACAGCAGCCAGCUGCAGGCGCUGGAGAGGGUCUUUGAGCGAACGCACUACCCAGAUGCCUUUGUACGAGAGGACCUUGCCCGCAGGGUCAACCUGACUGAAGCCAGGGUUCAGGUGUGGUUUCAGAACAGGAGGGCCAAGUUUCGCAGGAAUGAGAGAGCCAUGCUGGCCAACAAGAAUGCAUCCCUCCUCAAGUCCUACUCAGGAGACGUGACUGCAGUGGAGCAGCCGAUUGUACCGAGACCAGCUCCACGGCCCACUGACUAUCUCUCCUGGGGGACCGCUUCUCCAUACAGCAGUGCCAUGGCCUCCUAUUCAGCCUCCUGCACCAAUGCCAGCCCUGCCCAGGGCAUGAAUAUGGCCAACAGCAUUGCCAACCUGAGACUGAAGGCAAAGGAAUACAGUUUACAAAGGAACCAGGUGCCGACAGUGAAUUAGAGACAGCCACCAGAGCAGCUUCCUACCAGCGACUCCCAAGAAGCGGCCAUCUUGUUGUCACAGUGCAUUCAAAUCCAAAACAUGGGUCAGAACCAACCAACCAUCACCAUAACAAGAACAAACUCAGUCUUGGAAAUAAAAGCAGGAUCCAGAAUAAAGAGAAAAUGGCAGCCAGCAUAACACUUCAGUUCUCC